UUUUACCCGUUACUGUAAUAUCGCUACCAAUAUAUCGUAAAAACUGAAAAACUUUAGUGAAUAGUUUCAUACGAGAGUUUUUCUUUUAUAUGAGAAAAAAAAUAUGAAAUCUAUGAAAGAAUGGACUGUGGAAGCGAAGUGGGGGAAAGUUGCAAUGGUAUCAUGGGGUGAUCCUGCGAACCCGCCAGUUCUGCUGGUACACGGCUACAUGGACAGUGCUGCCACCUUCAUAUUCUUGGUGGAACAGCUGCCUGAUGACUACUAUUAUGUAGCUUUUGAUUUACCAGGUCAUGGCCAAUCAGACCCAUUCCCAGGAGGCGCAGUAGUCUCUCUCCUACAUAUGGUGGAAGUAGUCCGCUUGGUGGUGGACUACAUGAGAUGGGAGAAGUUCGUUUAUAUAUCGCAUUCCAUGGCAGUUAUUAUAGGCAUGUUCUACAACCACUCGUUCCCCGGCUACAUAACGAGGAUGGUGCUAAUAGACCCAGCGCCAUCGUUCUUCAUGCAUCACCUACACAACACGCCGAGGUUUGCCUACGAGUACUUGUUCGAGUUGUAUUAUAGCUUUUUUGAAAGAUGGAACGCGGCGAACACGAAGAUACUAACAAUGGAGGAGGCAGUGAAUCUGUCACACAGAACUAGAACGAUCACAGAAGAACAGGCCAGGAUUAUCAUACCCAGGUCUUUGAUGCCGGCUGCGGAUGGAAAAUUCACAUUAACAUUAGUACCAAAAAUGAAACGAAUAGCAUCAGCGGACGUAUCACCGGAGACUUUAAUCACCGUUUUGACUCAAAAAACACCGCCGCUACUGAUCGUCGAAGCUUCUAUCAACAUAUGCGCCGGCCCAGGCAAAGAUUUUGCCGCCAAAAUUAUACAGAAAUGUUUGACAGUUCGUCAUUCAUUGUCUGUGACAGUUGAAGGCAGCCAUGAUGUGCAUAUUACGAAUCCAGAUGGCGUUGCUAAGCACGUGGUUAAGUUUUUGAAAUCUGAUUUUGAUGGAAGAUUUGUUAGGGGUAAAUUGUAAACAAU